GUUUGACUGGUGACUAUCUGUAAACCGGUCUAAACUGCAUUCCGAAUGGUCAGGUUACGACCCAUCGACCUCGUCACACCAUCACGACAAAGAGUUUGUCCAGGUGCGCGUUGACUACCUUGUGUGGACAUAUUGCUGGACUCUCAUGUCAUGAUGGCAGUACUGACAGUGUUGGGACUGUUGUCUGUAGUGUGGGGUGUGUACGCCGUCUGGACGUGGUGGCGGGAGAGAGAAAUGCUUCCAAGGCUUGUGGAUAAAACAGUCCUGAUCACGGGAUGUGACUCCGGCUUCGGGAACCUCCUGGCCAGGCGGCUGGACCAGCUCGGUCUGCGGGUGUUCGCGGGCUGUCUGACCGAGGCCGGCGUGGCAGAGUUACGGCAGUCCUGCUCCGAACGGCUGCAGCCGAUCCGGAUGGACAUCACCAGCUCAGACAGCGUGCAGCAGGCCUUCCUAGUGGUGAAGGAUAGUGUGGGGAGCAAAGGACUUUGGGGUUUGGUGAACAAUGCUGGGAUCUUUGGGCCAUUAGGAAGCGUUGAGUGGCCUACCAUAGAAGAUUACCGGGCAGUUUUGAAUGUCAACUUACUCGGCCUCAUCGACGUCACCAAAACCUUCCUGCCCUUGUUGAAGAAGUCACGUGGUCGUGUCGUCAACGUCACAAGUGGUGCCGGAAGGACAGCUGUCCCGUUUCAAGGGCCAUACACUGUGUCCAAGUAUGGCGCGGAGGGAUUUUCGGACGUCCUCAGACGGGGCAUGAAGUAUUUUGGAGUGACUGUGCACAUCAUUGAACCCGGGAAGUUCCGGACAGGGAUAGUUGUACAGGAGGCGAUCAGAAGGAACAUGUACGGCUGUUAUGAGUCACAGUCCCAAGAGACAAAGGAAGAAUAUGGGCUGGACUACGUCCAUGAAAUGCACAAAGGAUUCAACGAAGAUGAAGGCGAUGACCCGACUGCCGUUUCCAUGGCGAUGGAGCAUGCGCUGUGUGCUGCCCAUCCUAAGAGCCGCUAUGUGGUUGGCCAGGCAACACGGCGGGUGUGGGUCCCCAUCUCCUGGCUGCCGACUGACCUGGGGGAUUACGUCAUACGAGUAGUGGCACCAUGGAUGGCUCCCGUUCCUGCCGCGUGCAAAGGAGGAGCAUAAAGACAUCCAAGGAUGACAAAUGGAUUGUUGGUAUCACCGACGUCGACAGUAGUGUUUUAUUGCAUUUAAUGCAAGCUGGAAGUUGCAAGAAUGUUAACCUUCACAAGGUCUAGCCUAGAAAACUACUGCCCUGUUUAUUCUUACACAACACAGUCAUGUAAACGAUGA